UAGGGAGUGAAUCUUCUGGAAGGCGACUUUAAAGGCGCCGGGCCGGAGCGAAGGGCGUCUUGGUCCUGCCGUCGCCCGAGUCUGGGUGUGUGUGUGUGCGGGAAGGGGGGCGGCGCAUUGGUGGCAGGAAGCGAGCUGCGCUGAGGUCGUCGCGGAACCAGCUGGUGGUGACCCUGCAGGAUGAACCACAAGAGCAAGAAGCGGAUCCGUGAGGCCAAGAGGAGUGCGCGGCCGGAGCUGAAGGACUCGUUGGACUGGACCCGGCACAACUACUACGAGAGCUUCCCACUGAACCCGGCGGCCGUGGCGGACAAUGUGGAAAGGGCAGACGCUUUACAACUGUCGGUGGAAGAAUUUGUGGAGCGAUAUGAAAGACCGUACAAGCCCGUGGUUCUGCUGAAUGCCCAAGAGGGCUGGUCUGCGCAGGAGAAGUGGACUCUGGAGCGCCUCAAAAGGAAAUACCGGAACCAGAAGUUCAAGUGUGGCGAGGACAACGACGGGUACUCGGUGAAGAUGAAAAUGAAAUACUACAUCGAGUACAUGGAGAGCACCCGCGAUGACAGCCCCCUUUACAUCUUUGACAGCAGCUACGGGGAACACCCCAAAAGAAGGAAACUUUUGGAAGACUACAAGGUGCCGAAGUUUUUCACCGAUGACCUUUUCCAGUAUGCGGGGGAGAAGCGCAGGCCCCCUUACAGGUGGUUUGUGAUGGGGCCACCACGGUCCGGAACAGGAAUCCACAUCGACCCUCUGGGAACCAGUGCCUGGAAUGCCUUAGUUCAGGGCCACAAGCGCUGGUGCCUGUUCCCUACCAGCACGCCUAGGGAACUCAUCAAGGUGACCCGAGAAGAAGGAGGGAACCAGCAAGAUGAAGCUAUUACCUGGUUUAACAUCAUCUAUCCCCGGACGCAGCUUCCAACCUGGCCACCCGAAUUCAAACCCCUGGAAAUCUUACAGAAACCAGGAGAGACUGUUUUUGUACCAGGAGGCUGGUGGCACGUUGUCCUUAAUCUUGACACCACCAUUGCCAUCACCCAGAACUUUGCCAGCAGUACCAACUUCCCUGUUGUCUGGCACAAGACGGUAAGAGGGAGACCAAAGUUGUCAAGGAAAUGGUAUAGGAUCUUGAAGCAGGAGCACCCGGAGUUGGCGGUCCUGGCUGACUCCGUUGACCUGCAGGAAUCCACGGGGAUCGCCUCCGACAGCUCCAGUGACUCCUCCAGCUCCUCCAGCUCCAGCUCGUCCGACUCGGACUCAGAGUGCGAGUCCGGCUCUGAAGGCGAAGGCACAAUGCACCGCAGGAAGAAGAGGCGGACGUGCGGCAUGGUGGGGAACGGGGACACCACCUCGCAGGAUGACUGCGUGAGCAAAGAGCGCAGCUCCUCCAGGUGACCGCGCGUGGCUGUCGUCUGUGUGCGAGGACGCGCCUGCAGCCUGCGGCAGGGCCCUGGGGCAGCCCGUGGGUCCCGCAGACCCGGGAGGGCCCCGAAAGCCCGAGAAUGAGGACCUCGGGCCGGGAGCCGCUCACUCUGUUUGCGGCAGUAGCUCUCUUCUCCGCUACCGACACAAGUGCACGGGGCUUGUUUUAUGCAUAAGGGUGAGGAUCCGUGUGAGUGGUGCCAAGGGAAACCUUGACGUUAUUUAAUAAAAGUUAAAUUCAUCUUA